AAAAAGGAAAAAAGAAAGAAACUUUCUCUCUCUCCUGCACUUUUUAGCACUUUAAUAAUUAAUAUAAUAUUGAAUCUCUCUAUCAUACCUUAAAAGUUUCAGCCUAACAGAUUUCACUUCACCCUCAUCUUCUUCGAGCUGCUUAGAUAGAGAAAGCUAGAGAGAGAGAGAAGUAGAGAGAGAAAAAAAAGGCCUCUUGUAGGAAAAGUGCCAUCUAUCUUUCUGUUGUUUGUUAGGGUUUAUAAGUUAGAUUCGAAAAAGGUGCAGAAAGAAAAGCCCAUGUGCUUUUUCUUCUUCCGUCUUCUGAAUUUCGGAUUGCUGAGUUAGAGAAUGAUACAUCUCCCGAUAAAGCUGCGGACCAUCGUUUAACUUCUUUCUACCCGUUUGAAUAAAUUAUCGGAACUAAAGUUCGAAUCGCGAUAAUGGGUUAUCUGUGCGAGUUCUGCGGAGAACAGAGAUCCAUAGUUUACUGUCAGUCCGAUGCAGCGAGUUUAUGUUUAUCAUGUGACCGAAAUAUCCAUUCCGCAAAUGCCCUUUCGAAGCGUCACUCGAGGACACUUGUUUGUGAAAGAUGCAAUUCUCAGCCAGCUUUCGUUAGAUGCGUCGAGGAAAAGGUAUCUCUUUGCCGCAACUGCGAUUGGAUGGAACAUGGUAAUGGUUCGAACGUAAAUACUGCGCAUAAAAGACAAGCUGUUAAUUGUUACACCGGCUGCCCUUCGGCUUCCGAACUUUCGGCGAAUUGGUCUUUUCUCUUAGAUUCCACGUGCGAGCAGGGAAUUAAUUUAUUGAGCAUUACCGAUAAAACGCCGCCGAUCACUUGUGAAAAUUCCGCAGGAAAGAAUAACAAUAGUCAAGUUUUGGGGGAAUCGAAUAAUGUGGAUGCGGAUAAAUCAACGGAGUGGAUGGAUUCACUAACUCCUUUGCUUGAUCAUAGGCUGAAUGUGGACCAUCGAUCUGGAUCUACGAGCUCUUCUGCGCCCAAGGUUUUCUUAUCGGGAGCAAAGGGACCUGCUGUAUGCGAGGAUGGUGGUUUAUAUGAUGAUCUUUGUAUGGAUGAGGUCGACUUGAAUAUCGAAAAUUAUGAAGAACUUUUCGGUGUAGCUUAUGAUAAUCCGGAACUUUUUGGUUACGAUGGUAUCGAUGAAAUAUUCGGGACAAAAGACAUGUCCGGAUCCAACUGUCACGGUGCUUAUGCUGCUGAGGGGUCGUCAAUUGGAGGGGCAAACGUGAUGCAAUCAGCUUGCAGUAAUGCCGAAUCUGCAGAUUCAUUUGCUAGCUGCAAAACGGAGCCAAACUUGCGUUAUUCAAGACAGUUGCAUCAAACCCUUUCGUUUUCUGGGAUUAAUGGUGAAAUUGAAAUCAACGGUGGAGAUUUUCAAGAUUGCGGAGUUUCUUCAUCAAUGGCAAUCGCAGGUGAGCCGCCAUGGUACCCUCCAGGUCCCGAUAGUUCACUGCCUUCCACUAGUAGAACUGACGCCGUAAUGCGUUACAGGGAGAAGAAGAAGGCGCGAAAAUUCGAGAAGAAAGUAAGGUACGAAUCUCGAAAGGCGAGAGCGGAUGUAAGGAGGCGUGUUAAGGGGCGGUUUGUCAAGGCUGGUGAUGCUUACGAUUACGAUCCUUUAAGCCCAAGCCGAAGCUUCUGAGUUAAAAAAAAAAAGGAAAAGAAAAUCUCUUUGCUCAAAUUCAUCUGAAUUUGUCACAGGGGGGGGGGUUAAAAUUGCAAAGUCACAGACGUUGGUCGAUAACGAAAAAGAGAGAGGUAAGUAUUAUUCGUGACUGCAUUUACCAUAUGGUGUAAAUUAUUAUUCGUGUAUGUGGGGAAUAGAUACAUAUAUAACUUCCCAAUAUAUUUCUUUCUAUUUUCUGCCUUUGUGGGCAAAAAAUAUCGUGGGACGGCAAUUAUACUUGGCAACGUAGUAAUUACGUCCAGUAUAAUGUCGGAUUACGAGAAAAACGAAAGUAUGUGGCAGCAUAAAUACUCGUGUUCAUAUGGAAAAAGCUUUGUUAUGUAAUCUUAGUGACUUGUAUUUUUUGUCAAAAUUUGUAAGUUGUAUCAAAUUCAUUAUGCUACACUCGGUGAAGUACAUAUUUAUGGAUGAGUUUUAGAUUUGUAUAUAUCGGCACGUACAACGUGUGUCUUUCGAACGAGUUGA